AUGACAAGACUAGCAACACUCAUAACCCUCACAAGCCUCUUGGCCGCCGUGCCUGAGACGUACGCACAAAGACACAGAAAUGGGACGGCCAGCACCGACGGCAUCACCGUCGGCUACAAUGGGACAGACGGUCUGCAUUCGCUAGCUGUCAAGGCCGGCCUUCUCUACUUCGGCACAGCCAGCGACACCAGGGAUUUCACCGACGAGCCAUACAUGGGCGUCGUCAACAACACCAACGAGUUUGGCAUGAUUGUCCCCGAGAACUCGAUGAAGUGGGAGUCCACCGAAAAGGACCCUGGCCGCUUCCUAUUCGGCAAUGCGGACCGCGUCCGCGCCCUGACCAAAGUCAACGGCCAGAUGCUCCGCUGCCACGCUCUAACUUGGCACUCGCAGCUUCCAGCCUUCGUCAAGACCACCACCUGGACUAGGGACACCCUCACCGCCGCCAUCCAGUCCCACAUCUCCAACGUGGUUGGCCACUUUGCUGGUGAUUGCUACGCCUGGGAUGUAGUAAACGAGGCCGUCAACGAAAACGGCACCUUCCGUAACUCGCCCUUUUAUCAAACCCUCGGCACCGACUUCCUCGGCAUUUCGUUCCGUGCCGCCGCCACCGCCGACCCGAACGCCAAGCUGUACUACAACGACUUCAACAUCGAAACCCCGGGGGCAAAGUCCACCGCCGUCAUGGGCAUAGUGCGCCUGCUCAAGGGGCAGGGCGUCCGCAUCGACGGUGUCGGCUUCCAGGGCCACUUGACAGUCGGCGCCACCCCCACCAGGGCCAAGCUCGCCGCGCAGCUCCAGCGCUUCGCCGACCUCGGGGUCGAAGUCAGCUUUACCGAGCUCGAUAUCAAACACCGGUCCCUGCCGGCAAGCAGCAGCGCCGCGCAGACCCAAGCACGCGACUACGUGGCCGUCGUCGGCUCGUGCCUCGACGUCACCGCCUGCGUCGGCGUCAUGGUCUGGCAGCCCACCGACAAGUACAGCUGGAUCCCGCAGACCUUCCCGGGCACGGGCGGCGCCUGCCUGUUCGACGAGAACAUGAAGCCCAAACCGGCCUACACCAGUGUGUCUAACCUCCUGGCCUCUGCUGCGACGGCGGCACCCUCGAACACCGUGCCGUCACCCAACGCUACGACUUCCCAGGCUCCUGUCCAGGCGGGAGCUGGUCGGGAGUCUGUUUCGGUCGCCGGUGUCGUGCUGGCCUUGACCUCGUUGGCUCUUGGCAUGUUUAUGCUCUGA